UGUUUUCUGAAGAACUGGAUGAUAUGGACAUGACUAAAUGUCAUACCUUGGCUAUUGAUAGCAGAAGUCUUUUGCAAACUUCAAAUGGAGGUAAGAUGGACUGCAAGAAUAUGGAAGCAGUUAAACUAAUGGAGAUCUGUAGAAAACCUCGGAAUAGUGUGGGUGGUUUACUUUCUCUUUCUGCAGAUAAAACUGUUAUAUUCACUGAGAAACAGGAUGAUAUGGAAAUGACAAGAAGCCAGACAGUGGCAAUUGACUACAAGGAUACUGAGGCAAUUCAUUCACAAGUAGAGAGCACAAGAACAUCUAGAAAAAGCAUGUCUGGCUUAUGUUCUCUUCCUGCUGAUGAAACUCUUGUCUUUAGAGACGAACAAGAUGAUAUGGAAAUGACAAGAAGCCAGACAGUUGCAAUUGACUACAAGGAUGUUGAAGCAGUUACAUAUCCAGUUACAUGGACUAGUAGAAAUGUUGCUGCCCCAGUAAUGUCACCUCCCACUGAUAAAACAGUUGUGUUUUCUGAAGAACUGGAUGAUAUGGACAUGACUAAAUGUCAUACCGUGGCUAUUGAUAGCAGAAGUCUUUUGCAAACUUCAAAUGGAGGUAAGAUGGACUGCAAGAAUAUGGAAGCAGUUAAACUAAUGCAGAUCUGUAGAAAACCUCGGAAUAGUGUGGGUGGUUUACUUUCUCUUCCUGCAGAUAAAACUGUUAUGUUCACUGAGAAACAGGAUGAUAUGGAAAUGACAAGAAGCCAGACAGUGGCAAUUGACUACAAGGAUGUUGAGGCAGUUAGCAAUCCAGUUACAUGGACUAGUAGAAGUGUUGCUGCCCCAGUAAUGUCACCUCCUACUGAUAAAACAGUUGUGUUUUCUGAAGAACUGGAUGAUAUGGACAUGACUAAAUGUCAUACCGUGGCUAUUGAUAGCAGAAGUCUUUUGCAAACUUCAAAUGGAGGUAAAAUGGACUGCAAGAAUAUGGAAGCAGUUAAUCCACUAAUGGAGAUCUGUAGAAAACCUCGGAAUAGUGUGGGUGGUUUACUUUCUCUUUCUGCAGAUAAAACUGUUAUGUUCACUGAGAAACAGGAUGAUAUGGAAAUGACAAGAAGCCAGACAGUGGCAAUUGACUACAAGGAUGUUGAGGCAGUUAGCAAUCCAGUUACAUGGACUAGUAGAAGUGUUGCUGCCCCAGUAAUGUCACCACCCGCUGAUAACACAGUUGUGUUUUCUGAAGAACUGGAUGAUAUGACUAAAAGCCAUACAGUGGCUACAGACAGCAGGGACCUUUUACAAACUUCAGAUGGAGGCAAGAUGGACUACAAGAAUUUAGAGGCUGUUAAUUCACAAAAGGGGGUCGCUAGGAAGCCUAAAAAAAGUGUGACUGAUAUGUUUUUUCUUCCUGCAGAUAAAACUGUUAUGUUUACUGAGGAACAUGAUGAUAUGGACAUGACUAAAAACCAUACAGUGGCUAUUGACGGCAGGGGCCUUUCAGAGACCUCCAGUAAAGAAAAGAUCGACUGCAAAAAUUUAGAGACUGUUAAUCCACUUUUUGGGACGAGAAAAUCUCGGAAAAGCAUGGCUGGUAUGUGUUCUCUUUCUGCAGAUAGAACUGUUAUGUUUGCAGAGGAAAAUGAUGAUAUGGACAUGACUAAAAGCCAUACAGUGGCUAUUGACAGCAAGAGCAUCUUACAAGCUUCAAAGAAAGAAACGACUGUGUUAGAGUCUACUCUGUCUUUGUGUAAAAUUGACCUUGGUGCUGAUUUGUUGUCUGAUGAGCAAGAAGACAUGGAAAUAACAAGAAGCAAAACUGUUGCAAUUGACUACAAAAAUACUGAUUUAAAUUGUGAACUAGUUACGGGUAUUGCUAGGAAAAGUACUGGUUUAGCAUCCCAUCCGUCAGAUAAAACCGUGGUGUUUUCAAGGGAAGAGAAUGAUAUGAAAAUUACUAAAAGUCACACAGUUGCUAUUGACGGUAGCAGCUUUGAGGCCAGUGCAAAACAGAACUUAAUUAUGCCAAAUAAGCCUGGAAGAGCAAGUUCCCUGCAGAUAAAUUGGAUUUCUCAGAACAAAAACACUGAAGAUGAAAUGGAAAUGACCAGAAGUCAUACUGUCUGUCUAGGUGACCAGCUUCCUAUGGAGACUGGAGGUAUAUACAGUGUUGCAUCAUCUUUUGAUAAUAAGACACUAGUAUUUUCAUCUGAACAGGAUGAUAUGGAUAUAACUAGAAGCAAUACAGCAGCAAUUGACAGCAAAGAUCUGCAGACCACUAAGAAUGUGAGAGAAUCAAUAUUGGCUGCUCCUAAUGAGCAAAGCAGUGUUUUUUCUGGAGGGGAAAACAUGGGUGCAAACUGUGGUAUUGGUGGCAAUAAUGAUAACAGUGCACAUCUAAACAAUAAAAAAAAAUAUAUUGACCCUGAGAAGCAAGAGGCAGAAGUUGUGGAUUCUAAAGACAAGAUAGAAGCUGCUCAUGUCGGUAAUCAAACUGCAAAACUCAAGAGAAAGAGUGUUUCUUUCAGAUUUCCAGAACAUGAAGUAGAUUGUGAAAGAGAAGUAAAAAUAAUCUGUACAGAUCCAACCACUGAGUUAAACUCUUUGAAUACUAUUGCUUCGGAAAACACUGAAAGUUUCAGGUGUCAGACACUAAAUAAAGAACUUACUGAAACUGUUCAUGUGGGUAAGGCAAGUGAAGACUUAAACACGGGAAAUGAUGAAGAGCAUACACCCCACCAGCCUCCAAUGGUGGAAAGUGAUGGAAAUAAAUCAAUGCAGAAAACAUCUUCCUGUGAAGAAUCCAUAUUUACAGAAGAGCCUCUACUAGUGGCUGCACAAACUAGAAGGAGUAGUCUUGCUCAUAUCCAUUCAAAGCUUAAAAGUAUUCGAAAGAUUUUUGAAGAAUAUCCAGAGAAGGACAUGUCUAGUGAUAUAGCCCCUUUGCAAUUAAUAGAGUUAAAACCUGAAAACACAGAUCGCAAGAAUGAAGAUGCAUUAUCUAACAAAAGCUGUCAAAAUGAGAAUAAAAGGGUUGCUGGCGAAACUGAGUUCAUGGAAGAAGCACCUGAAGAGCCUAGGGAUCAGCCAUUAGAAAGCAAUUUUAUUCUUGGAGAUCAAACUAAGAAUGUGACAGCGCCAGUAAACUUUAGCAAAGAAACACCUCAAACGAAACAGGUGUCACUCAGAGUUUUCCUUCCUAAGCUGCCGAAUAAAAAGAGACCACAUUCGUCUGCAGGCUUUUUGGAUGUCAGUAAUCCGACUAAGUUAACAGGCUACCAUCUAUUUGGAAAACACCUCACUAAAACAGCUGGUUUGGGAGCGCUAGAAGAUGUAUCUCAGCUACAAAGUACAUUUUCUUUGGUGCAAAAGAGAGAUGAAGAAAUACUUCCAGAAUUUAAUGACGAGAUGGAUUCAGCUGAAAGCUUGAACAGUGAAUUUCCAACAAGCGGUUAUGAUGCAACCAAGCCUAUGGAGGAACUUAAAAAAAAGAGUAGCAUGGAGGAUUCAUUCUUUGUCUGCCCAGAACUGGUGGGAACAAGAGGCCAGAGAAGACCAUUGCUAGAAGAUAGCAGUGAAGAUAAAAUUUUAAUUGAGAGUACUGAGAAAAGGAGGAGCCAGGAUGGGGUGUCUUCCAAUACAGAACAGGUGAUAAAGUAUACGAGCCAGUGGGACAGCAAUGGAGAAGGUAUCACAGCAGAAAAUCCACCGAGCAUGCUGGCUAAGACCUUGGACAGCACCAAUUCUAGCAGCAACACACUAAACUUCACCAAAUAUGAUAGUACCUUUGGUGACUUAAGUGAACAGAGAUACAGUCAGAUGGAGUCUCAGUUUCUAGAUGGUGAUCAGUAUGAACACAACUUAAGAGAGAAACUUCUGGAUGGCAGUGUCACAGUUAAAGAGUUUUUACAGGUCCUUGGGGUCAAUAUCCUUAUCCAGAGACCUAGACAGAGCCAGCUUCCCCCAAAAUUUGCAUCUGAUGCAGCCCCUACACCUGAGGAUUGGCUAAAUGAGAUGCAUAUUUAUCGUCCACAACUUAAGGUUUAUGAGGAAGAGUGCCAAGCCCUGUGUGAAACCAUUGCAAAGUUAAAGAAACGAAGUUGUGAUGAGGAGAAAAAAUUGAGGAGUUUAAGUGAACCUCUUUGGGAGAUGGUGAAAACAUAUUCUGAAGAACAGUUGAAAAGCCUAGGAUCGAUGCUGAAUGAAAGGAAGUCAGAUUUCAGAAGGAAAUCUAAAAUGUUGUCUCACGAAAGAAAGGUUGGCUUGUAUACCAAGCUGCUGCAGUCUGCACAAUCUGAAAAGAAGAAAUUGGAAGACAGGAUUACCAUGACUAACAAAUUACUUGCUGACCUGGAUGAAUGUAUGAAUUCUCUGGAAGCUGAAGCUACAAAAAUUGAUUUAUUUGAGGUGGAAGAUGACAACAGUAUUUCAGAGCUGAAACUCAAUGUGAAAACCAUGGAGGAAGAAUAUGAACGUCUAAAGACACAGGAAGCAAAUAUUGAAAGGAAACAGUUGCAUUUAUAUUCUGAACAAAAGGAUAUGAAGAGUAAACAUUGUAAGCUGCAGGAGAAAAAAAGGCAGUUGGAAAUGUCAAUUCAAGAGCUCAGCAGCUUCGCAGAAUGGACACUUUCUGAAUGGCUGGAUGACAGAGCCGUCUUCACCUUUCUUAAUGGCUCCCUUGAACUUGAACUGAUAUUUGGAGAACCAGUUGAUGGAGUUCAGUUUAAUGGCGAACCAGGCAAGAAGAUACUGGAUGUAAAGGUUUACACACUCUUAGAUGAUGAGGCAGCCCCAUCAUCUUCACUUGUUGCUCACAAACUGAUCACCCAGUUUUUUGAGAGUAAAGGCAGCUUGUGCCAGCAGCACACAACACAGCAAGAUCUUCAAAAACUUCUACUUGAUAUUUCUCUUGUGGUCUGUCGUUGUCGCCUCCUUGGAGAAGAACUCUAUUAUCUCCAGAAGAAUGGCCCUGCUAAGUUUGAAAUCCUGGAAAUGGUGAUUUUGAACACAGACAUCAAGAUCAUCUUCUCCAGUUUCAAAGCAUUUGCCAAGUUUGAGAUCACAUUGUCUCUAACCCCAGUUUACCCAGCAUCUCGACUUCAUCUGUCAAGUUUCAAAAACUACAUUGGAAAUGCAAGCUCUGAACAGGUGGAACAGAUUAUAUCUACUGUUAAACCAGCAAAUUCUUAUUUGACCAGAAUAGUUGAAAAGAUUCACCAGAAUCUACUCACUAAAGAGCAUCCCUGGGACACUAUGUGUUGAAGAGCCUCAAUAUGUCAUUCUGUAUAAAUGCAAUGCAACGUGAUGCUGUACAAAGCCAUAUUGGUGCAGCAACCCCUGCCAAUACUGUGGAUAAUAUAUACAGGUAAAGCCUAGAAACUUGUCUCAACAUUUUUAUAUAACUUUGAAACAUGUUUAUGUAAAGAAUUCUUGUAAUCUAAAACUUGAUGUUCUUUUGUUCUAAUAUUUGGAAAGUUGGAUUUUGUCAUAUUCAAAAGAGUGUUCUGAUGUUCUUAUGCAAUAAAUGAUAUUUCACCAUAAUUUUGAAAGGGGGCAACAUUUGCUUUUUUUUUUUUUUUUUUUUUUCAUUACUAAAAACUGGUAGACUUUGUUUUCCAUUCUGAAAAUGCAGUGAUAUUCUAACCAA